AUGAGUCAAAUAAUACACAAGAAAGAAAACAUACUUCAACUUUAUUGCAGCCAGAAUUUUUACAAACGAGCACCACAGGCGAAGAAAGCUCAACGUUAAACCUUCACCCUCAGUUGCUACAUGAAUUAUCAUGUAAUUCUAUUGAGCAUUUGGAUUGCAUUACUAAUAUCGAACAAAAUACUCCAAUGCCUUCCUGCCAGAAGUCAACAAAACAUUUUCUACCAACAUUUCAAUCAACUGCUACUCAAACCAACUUUUUAAACAGUGGUGAACAAAUGCUAUCGGAUAUUUUAGUUAAACUGGAAAAUAUACAGGAGGAGCAAAAACGACAAGCAGAAAUGAUGAACAACAAAUUUGCUGCUAUGGAUCGACAAAUUAAGUUAAUACGAUCAGAAUUCAACAUCGUGACUGAUGAGCUGAUUACACGAUCUGGAUUUGUUCAGCAAACAUACUUUGAAUGGGAACCAGUUAAAAAUCAAGAGGAUUUAGAUAAUCUGGAGUGCAGAUUGGCUGAACCCGAAUUUAAGAAAAACUUUUCUAAAUAUUUGGACAAUCAGCUUUCUACAGAAGGUUCAGAUGACCGCUUACAUGACGCAAUGGAUAUUUUUUUCAACAGAGAGUUUGUAACUAAACUAAGUUGGACUGGUAUUGGACGGCCGAAUGCAAAAAUUUGUUUCAAAAAGUACGUCAACGUAAUUAAUCAAUUUAAAGAGUUAGGUACAUUCGGUGGUGUGACUCCAACAAAUCAGAAAUUGAAAGAUUUAUUUCAAAACAAGUUUAAGCAUGGACAUCAGACUUGAUCUGGUAGGGUUAGUGAAUACUUCUCAUCACCGCCAUAGGAAAUAGGCAUCCAUAGGCAAUGAUUACGUUUUUAUGAUCGUCGGUUCAUACUAACCCAUACCUUCCAUUGAAUUCAAUUCAAUACCUUCCAUAAGAUUCUUAUCGAAUUACAUUUUUCAUCUAUGUGUUGGGACUUUUUCAUAUAUUUUUUCUGAUUCUUCUAAAACUUAU